AUGUCCAAGGCCGCACUCAAGGCGAGAGCACAAGUCGUGCGAAUUUUGGUGGGCGCAGGCAAGGCCGCACCCACACCUCCCAUAGGUCCUGCGCUCGGAGCACGCGGUGUCAAGUCGAUGGAUUUCUGCAAGGAGUUCAACGCCCGCACUGCACACAUCGAGCCAGGCGUCCCAGUCCCUACGCUCAUCACCAUCCAGCCCGACCGGUCGUUCACGUUUGUGACCAAGACGCCACCGACGUCCUACUUCCUGAAGAAAGCUGCCGGCAUCGAGAAGGGCACCGGUCGCCCCGGACACGAGAUGGUUGGGACAGUGAGCUUAAAACACGUGUACGAAAUCGCGAAAAUCAAGGCGACCGAUGAGCAUCUCAAACAUCUGCGGCUGGAGGCGAUCGCGAGCACCAUCAUUGGCACGGCGAAGACGUUGGGAACGGAAGACAACAGUCAGGGUGUCAGUGUCACAACUCUGUGGAGAACAAUUCGCGCGAACAAGGAAGACCGCGUCGCAAAGCUCGAGUGGGCAUCGAAUGGCGGCCUAGGACGCGCAGUAAUUGGAAAGAGCACGUUCCCAAUGGCAGACUUGGUCCGACCCGACCCACGCGCUCCGAAUUGCAGGAUGUUCAACGGCCCCGAUGGUUAUCAGUACCGAUGGCGGCCAGGAAGCAACUCUACAGAUGUCGUCCUGCAGGACCAGAACGGUAAUGUGAUUGCGUUUUACCGCUCCAUAAAACCAACACGAUAUAAUAUUGGCGAUGUCUACGGCGAACUGCAUUUUGUCCGAAACGCUGGGGCUGGUGUGGUGAUGCACCCUCCCCUCAUGGACACUGUCACUGUCACAGCCAUGUUGUAUCGUUUCGUCAUGGCAUACGGUCUGUGA